AUAUAUCUGAAUAUGUAAUUUUAUGCAAUUCUAAUUAACAGCGGGCUCUAUAUAAAAUGGACUGACAGGGAGUUAUGGGUUCAGUAUCAGAUUAAAAAUGCAACCGAGUAUUAUUUUUCUCCUCCUUGGCUGUUUUGCCUUCGCUAAUUCUUUUAGCAUCGACCUGGGAUUUUUAAACCCUUUGCGGAUACCUGGAGAAUCUGCAGUGGAUGCUAACUUAUGUAAACCUAUAGUGAGAAUAAAUUCGGAAAGGGAUUCCUUUCGACCUAGUAGUAUGACUAACAAUCCAGAGGACAUCACUGCGAGAAGGUUUUUGGUACCCUUACCGACUCUUGCACCAUCUUCCACCUCAACCACAACUCGAGUAUACGAUAAAAAUUUACCAAACUCAAUGGUUGAGUGUGACCCUCUUCCCAUAAGUAUUGGACGACAGUUGGGUACACAACUUUUAGGCAUAUUCCAGCCCUUGGUCUAACCACUUUUGAAGGAUACACAAAGGUUUACAAUUCUGGUUUGAUUAGUUUUCCCCAAGUGUAAUGAAUCGGGCAAUCUAGUUAAACUCAGGAUUGCUAAAUAUCAUAAUACAUUCUAUAUAUAGAUUCUACAUAUUCUCUUUGGCUGGGACUUCUAAGGGAAUCAAUGAGAAAUAAUAAUGGAAAAUUCCCUCUGCUUUUAUCAACACCUUAAGACGUCAGCAAAAAUCGAAGAAAACGGUUAAGUGCGCAACUUUUAAAAAUACUUGUUCAAUAUCCAAUAUAACAAAUAAAAUGUACUAGUCCUUGAAAAACAACAUACAAAAACCCCAAUCAAAAAUUAUUGAGAUUAUGAAUGUUUAAAGUUUAGGAAACAACCCCGAAACAAAAAGAUUUCCAUUAUUUUCCAGAGAUUUCCCCGAAGCUUUGAUGACACAGAAACCCCCAAAGACCAGACGCCCCAAUAGAGGCAAUUACUGUCAAUCAGCAUUGCUGGGGGCAAUUAUUAAAUCCAGUCAAUAAUCGCAAGUCCCAAUACCGAUGGAAAUAGUCACAACACGAUCGGAGGAAACCCGUUUGGGGCGAUGGCUGACAGCACAUCAGAAAAGUCAGAAAUAUCAUAAAUAUCUCUCUCUAUAUCUGUCCGAAGAAUAAGUGGUGCGGAAUCGCCAGAUCAAAAACUCUCAGUUGCAAUGUUAGAGACCGGUCUAACUAGUUCCGUAGUAUAGAUUGCAACUACUGAAAGAACUCAAAACAAAUAAAUAUCGUAAUCGCAUCAGGGAUUUCAUUCAUUCAGUGAAUUUCAGCAAGUUGAAUUAGAAUGAUCAGAGUCAAUACGUGCCUAGUGGUGUUUAUAUUGUUUGUUCUGUAUAGAUCAAAUCAUGGGUCCACCACAGUGCUCUACGAAUUCCACAUUAAAGAGGUGUACGGAACACGAGAUGAAAAGGGAGAGCUCAUGGAUAAUUCCGAGGAAUCUGGCAAGGAACCCGAACUGAUCAUCACGGGCAAACGCACAUCAUCAACCCUUUUCAAGGGCAUUGAAAAGAACUAUGCCUAUGUGGAAACGGCCAUCUAUAAGGCCGACGACAAUGGCUACCAUGUGAAGUACAACUAUUCCUUAAUCCCCGUGGAGUUGGACCCACGCCUUAACGGACAAACACUUAAAAGCACCGUUGGUUAAGCGGCCCAUCAAGUAUUAACUUAGUGACUAAGAAGUAGAUGUAGCAAUACCACAUUAUUUAUUCCAACUCAAUGCAGACGGAAAGUGAAAAGUUCUCGUAGCGCCAUUGCAAAUAAUAAACGGAACUUUGAAAGCAA